GACACAAUAAUCCCCUGUGGGCUGGUGGUGUAACCAGGAGGUUCCUACCAGUAAAAUCGAGCCCUGGCGAUACGAUGCUACGACAGUGGUCGAAUGUGGCUUGGGCAUCCGAGUGUCUUGAGUGAGUGUGUCCGGUGUGAGUGUCAGGUUGAGGCGGUGUACGAGUGCGCGAGCGAGCGAGUGAGCGGGCGAGACAUGAAUUUGGGUUCAUUUGGAAGUGUACUCCUCUGCCAUUAUCAGCCCCCGCCUUCUGUUUGCUUGGAUUUUUGACCCAGCUAAGCCACCAUGACCUUGGCGGGGGGCGGGAGGAGGGCGGUGACUCUCCUCCCCCUCGCGUCCGCUCAGCCAAAUCCUCCCAACUCCAAAACUAUAUAGGGCAGCAGGCCUCCAUCGCGACAUGUCGCUGCGUCUGUGGAAGCUCCUUCUCUUUUCAUCUUGCCUCCUCCUCCUUCUCCAUGCAGCCACUGCAGUGUUCGUGUCACGGCGGGAGGCGUCUCGACUACUGCGAGUCCGCAGAGUCAAUGACCACGGGCUGGAGGAGUUCUUCCCAGGCUCCCUGGAGCGUGAAUGCAUGGAGGAGCGUUGCAGCCUCGAGGAAGCCAUGGAGAUCUUCCCCGCCAAGGAGGCGGCAAAAUCAUUCUGGUACAAAUACGCAGAUGGAGACCAAUGCGCCUCGAGCCCCUGCCACGCGGGGGCCUGCAAGGACGCGCUCAACUCGUACUCGUGUGUCUGUCCAGAUGGCUACCAAGGCGUCAACUGCGAGAUCAACACGCGCACGUGUGGCUACCGGAACGGAGGCUGCGAGCACUUCUGCUGGGAGCGAGGGGACAACGGCACAGUGCUCUGCGGCUGCGCCGAGGGCUACGCGCUCAGGGACAACGGCACGUGCUCGCCACAGGUGGAGUUUCCGUGCGGAAGGAGACAAAGACAAAAAGAAGCCAAGCACAGAGGUGGCGAUGACCUGAGGAUUGUCAAUGGGUGGAGGUGUGAGCCUGGAGAAUGUCCCUGGCAGGUUCUGCUUGUGAGCUCCGAGACGGGGAGAGGAUUAUGCGGAGGGGCGCUGCUGAACGACGAAUGGGUCAUCACAGCCGCCCACUGCAUCGUGGGAGCGAAGACCCAGGGCGGCCUGGCCAAUUACGUGAUCAUCGGCGAGUACGACGUGGACGUGUGGGACGGCUCGGAGCAGUAUCUGCCGUUGCGGCGUGUGGUGAUGCACAAGCGGCACGUCGCCUCCUCCUCCUCCUCCUCGUCGUCGCCGCCGCUGCUGCCCGCUCCGCGUCGCCGCGACUACGACGUGGCGCUGCUGCAGCUGGCGACGCGCGUCCGACUCGGCCCCAGCGCCGUGCCGCUUUGCCUGCCAUCGACCUCGCUGGCCGAGCAGCAGCUGCUGGUGCCGGACAUCCACGGCCUCGUCAGCGGAUGGGGCCGCCUAGGCGAAGGCGCGGCACGAGCUAGCGUGUUGCAGGCCGUGAGCGUGCCCUUCGUGCCGCACGCGGAGUGCGUCAGGGCGCUGGGCCCCGCCGUCACGCGCAACAUGUUCUGCGCGGGGCGCAGCGCGGACGACGAUGGGGCCGGCGGCGGCGGGAGGCUGGGCGACGCUUGCGGCGGGGACAGUGGGGGCCCCCACGCCACGCUCUACGGGGACACUUUCUUCCUGACGGGCAUCGUGAGCUGGGGCGACGGGUGCGCGCGGCGCGGCAAGUACGGAGUCUACACCAAGGUGUCGCGGUUUGUGCCGUGGAUCCGCGAGGUGAUGGGACGCCCCGAAGUGAAGGCCGCCCUCCCCUCGCCCCCCGGGGCUGCCUCACGGGAGCGCAGCACCAGCCAGGCUCCUCCUGCUGCUGCUGGUGGUGCAACACAAGAGGGGACAUCGUGACACAACAACACCGUCAUCACCUAGACGAUAUCACCGCCUGCACUGUGCAUUUCAUCUCAGCCAAUCCACGCCAUCUCCACACACCACAGCGCCAUCUCUCCACACCGACAUCUCUUCACUAUCUCUUCAUCAUCAUUAUCGUCCCUUCAUCAUCUCUGGAUCAUCGUUUCAGCCUCUCAUCUCUUCAAUAUCUUUCCUCGCCAUCUCCGCUUGAUCAUCUCGUCAACAUCUGUAGUUGUCAUCCCUUAAACAUCUCUUCUUCAUGUUUCACCAUCUCGUAACUUGAUAAUCUCAUCAUCAUUGCUUCAUCUCUUCAUAAUCUCUUCAGCAUUUCUUCACCGUUACCUCUUCACCACCAAAUUGCCAACAGCACCUUGGAUGAAAAUCGUUCAUUCUGAAAAGCUGCUAACCUGUGAUUUACCACAGAACCACGCGGAGCCCACGUGUCCAUCCACUGCUGGGCGAGGGCCUCUCCGUGCCAUGCAGGUCAUGGGAGUUAUUUGACCAUACUUCACGCUGGUCAAGUAUGGUCAGUGUACAGGCGAGCAAUGGAUGUUACGAAGUUGCUGUGCGGCCCCGUAGCUGGUUGGGCAUGGGUUGGUCACCCAUCCAGGCAAUAGCCAGGAUCAAACCUGCUAAGCCUCUGAAAUAUGAGUGGGCAACAUUCUGGUUGAUUUUUUUUUAUCUCACAAAGCUUACAUGAGAAAUAAAUACUUAAACACAGAUUUCACAGACUCGUUGGUGGCUUCCUGGUUGACUUGGCUGGCACAUUGUGCUACUGAAUGACAGUAUCUUUGAACUUGUAAUAUUUUAAUCCUUUUUCAUGAAUCGUAAUACUUUUAUCUUUUGAUUAACUGACUUCGUUCUUUUCAUUACAUUUUUCGUAGACAUUUUUGUAAUAUAUUUUUUAUGGUUGUCACAUUUUAGGAUGCGGCCGAGCCUUGCAGCUUCCAACCAUCGCCUCCAAACUGGCACGCAACACACACGCACAUAUUUAUACCCGUGCAUGCACAGACUUACACACGUUUUAAUACAUUUCACAGGACGAUACAUUACAGCGUUCCCUUUCAUGAAUUCCGUUUAAAUAAAAAAAAAAAACAUAAUUA